AUGAAGGGUAGCAGUGAUUUUGUAGAAUUGCUUGGACCAGAUUUGUCAAUGAAGAUCAUGAUGUGUUUGGUGGACCCCUCUGAUCUUAUUCGAGUCAGAACUGUCUCAAUUUCGUGGCGUGAAUUUGUGAUUGCUAAUGGCCUAUGUAAGCAACUUUGGCAUAGAAUGUUUCCGGAGGUAUCAAGCGUUGAUAACAUUUUUGAAGUUACAAAUAUAAUUGAAGACAUGGAAUUCAAGACAGAUGAUUCUACAAGAGGCGCUCGUCUAGAGAGGGAUCACAGAUUCACUGAUAAUUAUCCUGAAGAAAGCAUAAAAAAUACUCUAGAACCAACGGAUGUUGUUGACUACAGAGCAUCAUACUGGUCAAGCAAAGGUGAAAGUGAUGCUUCAGUUCCUGAAACAUUAAUAUAUAGAUUGGCUGCACGACUCUGUGUGAUUUCUGAAAUUCAUGAGAAUCUCUUGCAAAAAUUUAAGCUGCCAGAACCUGUGUUUUGCAUUGGAGAAAUUCUGAAAGUAGAGCUCUUGGGCAGAGUUCAGACACAAGAAACGGAUGAACUAUAUUAUAUAUGCAUUACACAUGUUGAAGUCGUUGGCAGAUUGCUUUUACCAGGAUUCGAUAUAAAAAUUCCAGAAUUGGGAAAAUGCUUAUUGGAAUACUACCAUGAAGCUGCACAUUCUUCGUCACCUGCAAAAUCUUCAUACGGUGUAAGGUGA